UGAUUGGACAAUAAAGCAGAUAUUUAUGUGAGGAAGGCAGUCUAGUGACUGACUAGGUCAAAGCAUUAAGUACUCUAAUUCCAGAUAAUCGGUCCUCAAAAAAAUCAGGGAUCAUGAGACAAGUUGUCCUAUUUUAUCUGCUGCUGUUUUUCACAAUGUAUUCAGCCCAAAAUUACCCAAAUGUGGCUUUGCGUGGCAAAGCAACUCAGUCUCAGCGUUAUGAGGGAGAAUGGGAUGUUUUUGGAGCUGCCUCCAAUGCCAUCGAUGGUAACAGAAAUUCCAACUUCAAAGAUGGAUCUUGCUCCCACACUGCAAGCCAAACCAACCCUUGGUGGAGAGUGGACCUGCUGGACUCGUAUACAAUCACCCAUAUCAUCAUCACCAAUAGAGGAGACUGUUGUCACAAUCGCAUCAAUGGGGCAAAUAUUCACAUCGGAAACUCUUUAACACUCAACGGUGCUGCAAACCCACUGGUUGCUGCAAUCUCUGAAAUUCCAAGUGGGACAUCCCAUAGAAUAGAUAUUCCUGACCCAAAGGAGGGACGUUAUGUCACAGUUAUGAUACCUGGUUCAGACAAAAUUCUAACACUCUGUGAAGUCGAGGUCUAUGGCUACCGCACCCCAACAGGUGAGAACCUUUCCCUUCAAGGAAAAGCCACGCAGUCAUCGUUGUACAAGUUUGGUUUUGCAUACAAUGCAAUUGACGGGAAUCGCAACAACGUGUGGGACAAGGCCUCCUGUUCACACACAGGAAACGAUCGCAGGCCCUGGUGGCGACUAGAUCUGCGCAAAACGCGCAAAGUAUUUUCCAUCAAAAUCGUCAACCGGGUUGAGGCAGAAGAAGGACGACUCAACAAAGCCGAGAUCCGCAUUGGAGAUUCUCUUGACGACAACGGCAACAACAAUCCCAGAUGUGCUGAGAUCAUAGUUUCCCCAGGAAAGGUUCUUUAUGAGUUUCAGUGUAAUGGGAUGGAAGGACGCUACGUAAACAUCGUCAUCCCCGACAGAAGCGAAUACCUCACUCUUUGUGAGGUUGAGGUUUAUGGCUCCACACUUGAAAUUGUGGACCUCCUCUCUGUAGUGAGACUCAUCAUUGUUGAAUAUGAGACCCACCACAGUGGUGUCGUCCUCAAACUUCACAACUGUGUUUGUGGGGUGGGAAACGUUGCUUUACGGGGCAAGGCGACACAGUCUUGGCGUUACAAAGGAGACAUGGAUGCGUUUGUUGAUGCCUACAAUGCUAUUGAUGGAAACAGAGAUCCUGAUCUUAGAAAAGGCUCAUGCACCCACACCGCAGCACAUGAUAACCCCUGGUGGAGGGUGGACCUGCUGGACUCCUACGUAGUCGACCAAAUCAACAUCACAAACAGACAGGACUGCUGUGCUGACCGGAUCUACGGGGCAGAAAUUCACAUCGGCAACUCAUUAAAAGAUGAGGGUGCUUCAAACCCUCUGGUUGCUACAAUUUCUUCAAUUCAAGGAGGGCCCACUCUUACUAUAAAGCUUCCUGAAGGUGUGGAAGGACGUUAUGUAACCAUUUUACUGCCUGGUCCAAGCAGGAUUCUCACACUCUGUGAAGUGGAGGUCUGUGGGUACCCGGCCCCAACUGGUGAGAACCUAGCACUUGAUGGCCAAGCAACCCAGUCAUCCCUGUAUGGGUUUGGCUUGCCAUAUAAUGCCAUUGAUGGUAAUCGUAACAAUAACUGGGAGCAGGCAUCCUGUUCACAUACGAAAAAUGACUACAGUCCCUGGUGGAGGCUGGAUCUGCGCACCACCCACAAAGUGUUGUCCAUCAAAAUCGUCAAUAGGGACAUACUCCAACAACGACUCAAUGGCGCUGAGGUCCGCAUCGGAAAUUCCCUUUUCAACAAUGGCAAUGACAAUCCCAGGUGUGCUAUAAUCUCUGCUUCUGGAAGUAGCCUUGAAUUUAAAUGUAAUGGGAUGGAAGGGCGUUAUGUGAAUGUGGUCAUCCCAUGGAGGAGGGAAUACCUGACUCUCUGCGAGGUUGAGGUUUAUGGUUCCAGACUUGAGUCAUCCCUGUAUGGGUCUGGCUUCCCAUAUAAUGCCAUUGAUGGUAAUCGCAACAAUAACUGGGAGCAGGCAUCCUGUUCACAUACAAAAAAUGACUACAGUCCCUGGUGGAGGCUGGAUUUGCGCACCACCCACAAAGUGUUUUCCAUCAAAAUAGUCAACAGGGACAUUCUCCAACAACGACUCAAUGGUGCUGAGGUCCGCAUCGGAGAUUCCCUUGCCAACAAUGGCAACUACAAUCCCAGGUGUGCUACAAUCUCUGCUCCCGGAGGUAGCCUUGAGUUUGAAUGUAAUGGGAUGGAAGGGCGUUAUGUAAAUGUGGUCAUCCCAUGGAGGAAGGAGUACCUGACUCUCUGUGAGGUUGAGGUUUAUGGUUCCAGACUUGAGUAAUUCUGUAUUACAACAAUUUCUGAAAUGUUAGCAUCUGUUGAAUUAAAAGAGGAAAAAUUA